AUGCUGUCUAUCACUCGUCGCCACGCAGAUGUUGGGAAGGAAUUGUAUGGUAAAUUAUCGACGCUUCCGGGAUAUUUUUAUGGGGCAUGCCGUAGUCACUUUGGAAUGACUCUGCACCAAGACACUUUUAUUGGGAUCCGCUCAUCACAGCUGCGAGGUUUAUUUUUAUCUACCAGCAGUAAACCGUUGGAGGCCAAUAAACUAAUUGCCACUAUUCCACUUGCAAGCCUCUACACAGUUUCUAACAUUGGAACUAAGCCCAACGCGCUUCGUCACGUGUUAUUGGAGGAUGUUUGCAAUGCGGUGAUAGAAGAAUAG